AGUUUGGUGCAGUGGCUGGAGCUGGCGUGUGUGUGCUGUUUGGAGGUGCCGUGUUAGCGCAAUACAUCUUCACCAUGAAGAAAAAAGCAGGCCGCAAGACCAAGAUCAUCGAGAUGAUUGCAGCAAGGACAGCCUGAUAGAAACCUGUGUUCAACUUGUGUUGUAAACCACUUGCAGCUGUUUUAUGCAAGUACUGUGGCUCUGGAUGUUGUUGGGCACCGCUGUCGUGGCUGCAGGACUGAGUCAAGGGUUAAUGAGGAGAAAAUGUGCUGCACUACACACACAGAUGCCAGAAUUCCAGAAAAAAAAUGUCUACGUUAAGGACCCCGAACGGGUAGAACAAAUCAUAUGUGGCCUUAUCAAAGGAGGAGCUUCCAAACUUCAGAUAAUCACAGAUUUUGACAUGACACUAAGCAAGUUCUUCCAUAAUGGGAAAAGGUGUCCUACUUGUCACAAUAUUAUUGACAACUGUAAGUUAAUCUCAGAGGACUGUAGGAAAAAGUUGCUCCAAAUUAGAAAUAAAUACUAUCCAAUUGAAGUUGACCCUGCUCUUAGUGCUGAGGACAAGUACCCUUUCAUGGUUGAAUGGUGGACCAAAGCCCACAAUUUACUAAUUGAACAAGGUAUUGAAAAGGCAAAACUGGCUGCAGUGGUGAGGGAAUCGGAUGUGAUGCUGAGAGAUGGUUAUGAACUGUUCUUCGAUAAGCUGAAUGAACACAACGUCCCAGUCUUCAUAUUCUCAGCUGGUAUUGGUGAUGUACUAGAGGAGGUUAUUUCUCAGGCUGGUGUCUUUCAUUCGAAUGUGAAGGUAGUCUCCAACUUCAUGGACUUUGAUGAAAAGGGUGUUCUGAAAGGCUUUAAAGGUGAGCUUAUCCAUGUUUACAAUAAACACGAUGGAGCCAUAAGAAGCUCAGAAUACUUCGAUCAACUAAAGGAAAAUUGUAACAUCAUCCUUCUGGGUGAUUCGUUAGGAGACUUGACCAUGGCAGAUGGUGUUCGAAAUGUUGAAAGCAUUCUCAAGAUUGGAUUCUUGAAUGAUAAAGUGGAAGAAAGCUUGGAAAAGUACAUGGACUCCUACGAUAUUGUUCUCGUUAAAGAAGAGACGUUAGACUUGACUAAUGCUAUCCUCCAGAAAAUUCUGUGAUAUGAGCAUUGAACGCGUACAGGCUUGUGGGAACUCAAAUCUGAAAUACCUUAACAUUAAUAUUAUGUAAUUGAACAGCCCCACUUGUUGAAAAUGCUGUUCAUUCUUCAGCAUCUGGAACUUAAAAUAUUCUUAAAAUUUGCACAAAUGUGUAUGCAGUGAAUAAAGGGAAUAGUACCUCUAAAAUUGGCAGUCACGUCAGCUACAAGCAGAUUUUAAACUACCUCUAGAUGUAAUAGUUUAAAUUCUGGCUUUAACAUUUCAAAGCAUCUAUGUGUAGUUUUCAGUAUAUGCUGUUUAAGAGUGGAGUAUUGAAAGCUUGAUGUACUGUGGCUAAAUUGCCUGUGUACAACUAAUGCAAGUUCUAUACAAAAAAAAACAUUCUGAAGCAGUUUUUUAUUAUUUUUCAAACAUUUUGUAGUUGUAGAUAAGUGAGGAUGCUCUUGGUGUGCUUGGUCACAGCUUGUGUUGCCUGUUGAACAUUGUCGUUUUCAUAUUUUAAAAUGAUGUACCUGAGAGAAAUUGUUGUACCGUACAUUAAAGUUGGGAGAGUUUUUACAAACAUUGGAACCUGGUUUCUUAAAGCCCUUAGUUUGUUGUAACAAACUCUCCAUUCUGAAUGGGUGGCUGAAAGCUUAGUUUGGGAGGAAAUGAGUUUCAGUUCAUGGGGCGUGGACAUCAACGCCAAGGGAGCAGUACUGUUGUGACAGUGUGGGAACUAUGCAGAGAGUAGUAAACUGAAGCAUCAGUGUUGUAGUGGUGAUGCUAGUGAACAUGUAACCCAAACCCUAGACUGAUUAUCGAGGGCCAGGGGUCAAAUCCUCCAGUUUGUGGAAAUUUACUUGAAAGCUAGUCAUUGGUAAUGCUGACAGUGAAACAGUUAUUGUAAAAAUCCUUGAGUCACUAGUUUCCUUUUGGAAGGGAAAUCCAUUCAUGAGUAGUUUAGCCUAAAGGUGACAUGACCUAUAACAAUGUGGUUGACUCUAACAACCCUCCUGAAAUGGUCUGGUAAGUGAAUCCAUUGUAUAAACAGCUACAAGAUCUAAAGAAAUGAAGCCAGAUUGGCUACGCAGCAGUUACUAGUCACUGGAAAUGACAAUAGGAAACCAACCCUGAAGAAGGGUCUAGGCCCAAAACAUUAGCUUUCCUGCUCCUCUGAUGCUGCUUGGCCUGCUGUGCUCAUCCAGCUCUACACUUGUUAUCCCUGUUUUGGCAAAGUUCUCUCUGAUUUGGCACAAGUCACCAGUAAUUAGUAAGGCUGUGCCACAGAACGAUGAUGCAACAGUCUAAUUAUAGUGCCCUUCAUGGAGAUUGUAUCUUACAGGCCAUGUCAGCACCCCCUUCCUAAGUAUUUCCUGUGUGAAUUUGAAGCUUGAUUUUCUAUUGCAGAUUUUUAUUUUAAGAAAGGGCAAAUGGAUGAAGUAACAUAGAACAAUCACUAGGACUUAAGGCUGAAAAAUAUCCUGAACCUGAUGGCCUGCAUUGGUUGUGACUUUGUGAUAACUAAGGCUAGAAGAGUGCAUUGUUACUCGACAGGUCACAGCAUAAAAUAGAAAUACCCAGUUACCAACAUGGUGAAUCAAAUGCCUAACUUUUAUUAAUAAAUCUUGUAAACCAGAUUCCUUCGAUGAAUGUCAUUAUUGGUUUAUUAAACCAAGUGAUGGAAAAUGCAAAAACUGGUUAACAUAAAUAUCCAUACUUCAAGUUAUGGAUUGAAUCUUUCUGAAUAAGCUUAAAAAACAUUAAGGAAAAGAAUCCCUGCAGAGGUUUACUAAGGAGAAAACAUUUUCUGCCCAUUAGGGUGACUCUUGAAAGCAAAAAAAAAUGGUGUUGAAUGUUUCAGCACAUUCUGGUCGUCAUUAAUCAUGCACAGUUGUCUCUGGACUCAUAGCAGACAGUUUGCUGAGGAAGUCCUUUUUUUAAGAAGGACACUGUUCAAACAGAAGGAUUGACUUGCAAGAAGCCUUUUUUAAAAAAAAAUUCAAUUUUUUUAAAACUUGAAGUAUUCCCACAAAAUCUCAAUUUCUGCCACAACCCUUCAAAACUUAAAGGACUUAAGUAUUAAAUAUAAAGGAUCUUUGUGAUGUUCCAAAAUUCCCUGGGUUCAGAAAGGGUCCAAGCAGAUUGAUAAACUGUACAUUUAAACACCUCUGUUCAAGGAAGGAGGAAAACUGCAGGAAACAAAUGCCAGUUCAUAGGACAUCUGUCAUUGGGAAAAUUCUAGAAUCAGAAAAAAAUUAGCAGGAUAAAGAAAAUUGCAAUAUCAAGCAGUCAACUUGGCUUUGAAAAAGGGAAAUCAUGUUUGACAGUAUAGUUUUGAGGCUGCAAUGACUAGGGUGGGCUACAAACAGCCAAUAGGUUUAGCGUGUGGGAUUUGCAAAAGUUGUCACAAAAAGGUAAGAGUGCUGUUUGGGAUAAUAGAUCAUGGAUUGAGGAUGGGCUAACAAACAAAACUUAUUUGGGAUAAGUGGCUCAUUUUUAAGUUGGCAAGCUGUAAAUUGUGGAGUGCCAUAGGAUUAGUGAUAAGGUUUCAACAAUUUUCUGUCUAUUAAUGGAGGAGACUGAACCUAGUGUAGUUAAAUUUCAGAUGAUACAAAGAUAGCAGAGCUCGUGAGGAGAAUUCAAAGAAUCUGCAAAGAUUCACAGUAGGCAAAAUGUUGGAUUACUUUUUUUAUUCAUUCGUGGGAUGAGGGCACAGCUGGCUAGGCAGCACUUAUUGCCCAGAGGGCAGUGAAAACUCAACCACAUUGCUGCGGGUCUGGAAUCACAUGUAGGCCAGACCAGGCAAGUAUGGCAGUGGACAAAGUUCUGUGUACACUGGAAUGUGAAUUGCCUCAUACAGGAAUAAUGUUGAGCAUUUUAAAAAAAAAUUGGUGAAAUAAAUGAAAAAGCUUAAAUCUUA